UCCUCGUUUGUUCCACCUUCCUGCUGUAACUCUGACGAGCGGAAUCAUUUAUUCUCUUAAAUCUACUUGAAAGGGAUUUUAGGGUCACAAUGUUGAGACUUGUGUUUUUGCUUCUGAUGGAAACACAUUUUUCAGCAGCAGUGACUCACUCUCUGAAGUAUUUCUACACUGGAUCCUCUCAAGUUCCAAACUUCCCAGAGUUUGUGGCUGUUGGAUUAGUUGAUGAUGUUCAGAUGGUUCGCUAUGACAGCAACACCAAGAAGGUAGAACCUAAACAGGACUGGAUGAGCAGAGUCACAGAGGAGGAUCCACAGUACUUGGAGAGAAACACUGGGAACUUUGUAGGUGCCCAGCAGAGCUUCAAAGCCAACAUUGACAUUGCAAAGCAGCGCUUCAACCAAACUGGAGGUGUUCACAUUGUCCAGAAGAUGUAUGGAUGUGAGUGGGACGAUGAGACUGGAGACAUUAAAGGUUUUCAUCAGUAUGGAUACGAUGGAGAAGACUUUGUAGCUCUGGACUCAGAGAAGAUGGAGUCAUGGAUCGCUCCAAAACAAGAGGCUCUCAUCACCAAACACAAGUGGGAUCAUAACAGAGCUUUUACCCUACGGAAGAAGAACUACUUUACCCAGAUUUGUCCUCAGUGGGGGAAGAAGUAUGUGAACUAUGGGAGGAGCUCUCUGAUGAGAACAGAGCUUCCUUCAGUGUCUCUCCUCCAGAAAAACUCCUCCUUUCCAGUCAGCUGCCACGCUACAGGUUUUUACCCCAACAGAGCUGAGAUGUUCUGGAGGAAGGAUGGAGAGGAGAUCCAUGAAGGUGUGGACAAAGGAGAGAUCCUCCCCAACCACGACGGGACCUUCCAGAUGACUGUUGACCUCAGACUUUCAUCUGAGGACUGGACGAAGUACGAAUGUGUGUUUCAGCUGUCUGGAGACAACAACAUCGUCACUGAACUGGACCGAGGACGGAUCCUGUCCAAUGAAGCGAAACCAAACGACAUGAAUCUCCCCAUCAUUGUUGCUCUGGUUGUUCUCGCUGCCGUCGUUGUCGCUGUGGUUGUCGGAGUCGUUCUUUACAAAAAGAACGGUAAAUAGAACGACAAACGUCCUCUAUCUGGAGAAUUUGAUGGCAAUCUCCUGCGGGAUAGAGGAUAUCGGUGCCUCCCUGAGCUCAUUACCCCGUACCCCGAUCCGGAUGCUGGAGCGCAAACAUGCUUCAUCGUGGCUCACAGCAGAUCCCGGGGAGAAAUUGAGAUGAUUUUUGAGAUUCUCAAGGAGAGGUUUCAGCGCUUGCGCAGGCUGAGGGCCUGCCCAGACAGGGCCUGUGAUAUAAUUGUUGCCAUAUUGCACAAUAUGUCAUAUUGAGCAAUUAAUUGACUCCAGUGAUUGAGGAACCAGUACCGGCUCCUCCCUUUCAGCAGCAGGUUGACAUGGCAGAUGGUCACAGAGUGCGUGAUCAAAUCUGUCUCAAUCAUUUCAAUUAAUAAAAUACAGUUGACAGAGUCUUCGCUUUUUUUAUUUUUAUUUUUUCAAUUCAUUUGCCCACUGUUUGCUUCAUUGCCUGAAAAGAGAAACAUUGUAAA